AUGUUGGCCCGGCUCUUCAGUGACUCCAACCUCAUGCCCGAAGCUCACAAAUACCCCGCCUGGGCGGAGGAGAGUGAGAGCGAUGAAGAGAAACUGAGGGAGGAACGCAAUAGCGAGAGCUGUGACCCUCAGGACAGUCAGGCUGAGGACUCGGUGAGUGUGGCCCAGGACAAUGAAGAGGCAGAAACCGGGAUGGAGGAGGAGGAUGAAGAUGAGGAGGAAGAGGAGGUGGAGGAGGAAGAGGAGCAUGGGAGCCGGCCCAGGAAGCGGGGCCCGAAAAGGAGGAAGAUGACCAAGGCGAGACUGGAGCGCUUCAAGCUGAGGCGCCAGAAGGCGAACACCCGGGAGAGGAACCGCAUGCACGACCUGAACUCCGCCCUGGACAACCUCCGCAAAGUUGUUCCGUGUUACUCAAAAACGCAAAAACUUUCCAAAAUAGAAACUCUGCGCUUGGCGAAGAACUACAUCUGGGCUCUGUCGGAGAUCCUGCGGUCGGGCAAGAGGCCGGACCUUGUGUCCUAUGUGCAGACUCUGUGUAAGGGCCUGUCCCAGCCGACCACCAACCUGGUGGCGGGCUGCUUACAGCUCAACUCCCGCAACUUCCUCAGCGAACAGGCCGCAGAGCCGGGCCGCCUGCAGCCGCCCAGCUCCACCUUCGCCAUGCACCCAUACCCGUACCAAUGUGCCCGGCUGCCGAGCCCUCAGUGCCAGGCUGGGGCUGGUACCAGCAGCCACCCACUGCGCUCCCACUCUUACUGUGGGGGCUAUGAGCAACACUUGUAUGGGAACGGCUCUCCUGAAUACCCGGGCUCCGAGCUGGAAGGUUCCCUGAGCCCUUCUCUCUGCACGAACGGCGGCUCUUACUCCCUGAAGCCGGAGUCGCCCCCGGAGCAUGAGAAGAAUUAUCACUACACCAUGCACUACUCGGCAAUGCCCAGCUCCCGAGGAGCUGCCCAUGGGCUGCUCCUCCGGCCCGGUCUGCACUCGGACAGCCUAACUGCCUAUGAUUCCCACAUUCACCACGACAGGACUGCAGUCUACGAGGAACUCAACGCGUUUUUCCACAAUUAA